AUGCUCGAUCGUAACCCCGUCUUCACCCCAGUUACAACGCCGCCCAUUCACACCACGCAUACCCCAUCGCCCCAGAAUCCCAUCUACCGUCAGCCCGACGCCUUUCCACAUUUAUCGGCGCUUCCACGUCAUGGGUAUCAGUCGUCGCAGAUGAGCGCGAGCGGGAGGAACAACAUGGCUCCUUUUGGUGGCAACGUCGGUUCGACGGGCAAGGGAAUCUUGAUCGGGAUCCUUUCUGCCUUUGGCUCGGCGGGCAUCGCAGUCGUCGUCCUUGCGGUGUUUUUCUUUUUCAGAUAUACUCGGCGUGGCCGUAUUAUCCUCGACCGAAUUGGACGACCCGGUGAAUACGAUGAUGAACAGGCCUUUGCGAGGGAAGAGGCUGAGGCCUUGGAGUCGAUGGAUGAGCUUCAGCACGCUGAAUAUAUGAGAGCUAAAGAAAUUGCCAACUGCUUUGUUGAAGCGCGAACUGAGAUCGAGUUCUUCGACUCGGAAUGCAGCGUCCAAAGUAAUUUGCCAGUGCCGAAACAGAACGAAGUUUACUACUGGGAGGCCAAAAUAUACGAUAAGCCUGAAACGAGCUUGAUUAGCAUAGGCAUGACAACAAAACCAUAUCCCUUAUUCCGACUACCCGGCUUCCACAAAACCUCCAUCUCAUAUCAAUCGACGGGACAUCGCCGCUAUAAUCAGCCGUUCAACCCCACCCCCUACGGACCGGAAUUCGUCCAAGGCGAUGUCAUCGGUGUCGGAUAUCGCCCGCGAAGUGGCACGGUUUUUUUCACUCGUAACGGAAAGAAGCUGGACGAUGUGGCCCAUGGGCUGAAAUCUCAAAACUUCUUCCCGACAGUUGGAGCCAACGGACCUUGCACGGUUCAUGUGAACUUUGGCCAGCUGGGCUUUGUUUUCAUCGAGGCUAACGUGAAGAAAUGGGGCUUAGCGCCUAUGACCGGAAGUCUGGCUCCUCCUCCUCCAUAUGGCAGCGAGCAAGGAAGCAUCCUUCUUGAGACUGGCCGUGAAAGCGCACAAACUCCGCAAUGGUGGGAGUCAUCCCAUUCGCGAUCUCGAAGCGGUACGGUCAGACCCGGCCAGGGGGAUCCUGUUCGGUGUCCUACCGAUAUAUCCCUUGCCCCUCUUCAGCACGUAUCAUCGCAGCAAAGCGCUGGUGAGGGAACGUCUGGGUCCUCUCAAAUGAGAGAAGGCGAUGAUAGCGAUGCAGUACAUGCCUCUAUGACCUUGGACCAGCCACCCCCCAAGUAUUCAAGCCCCACCACGACCCCCCCUAACGGCCAGCCCGGCGAUGCAAGAAUUGACAUUCACCCCGAUCCGAACGAUCCUCCAAUACCCUCCUAUGAUGCCGCCGUGUCGAGUAGUCCUAGGCCGCGCCAAUAA